GCCUCCCCGACGCGCGCGCACAGCGGGGAGAUGGGGCGGGUGGCGGGGGAUGGUCAGGGACUGAGAACCGGUGCCGAGGGGCCCAAUACCCCCCCCCCCCCCGCUUUCAUGGGAGUUUGGAAUCCGAACCCGCAUCCAGAUCCGACCUGUGCCGCCAAAGCCGGCCCUGAAAUGGGCCAAACCGGCACCCAAACAUCCUCGCACUCGGGGAGCCGAACUCUGGACCUGAAUUGUGCCCUUCGAGCCCAUCACUAGUAAACACCAACCCUGAUUCAAAAAUCAUGAGGGCGCUAUAAAGGGAAAAUUGCAGGAGCUGGGGGCUUAUGUCGAUGAAGAGCUCCCUGAUUAUAUUAUGGUAAUGGUGGCCAACAAGAAGAGUCAGGAGCAAAUGACAGAGGACCUUUCCCUUUUCCUAGGAAACAACACUGUCCGGUUUACUGUAUGGCUACAUGGUGUGUUAGAUAAACUUCGGUCUGUAACUACUGAACCUACUAGCCUAAAGUCUUCAGACUCUAACAUCUUUGAGAGCAACUUGCCUUCCAGCAAAAGCAGUUCAUGUGGGAGUGAUGAAAGACGGCGUGAGGAAAUCCUACCACCUCUUGCAGUCUCCAGCACUCGGGCUGAAAGAAACGAUUCCAGAGUUUCAACCAGCUCACAAGAGCAGAGAGCUGCUGCUGCCCGGCAGUCUUAUGAAGAUGGAUCUGCAUCCCGCUUAAUGUCAACGGUCAAGCCUCUAAGAGAGUUGUCACCUUCUGAAGCUGUGAUUGACAUUAAACCUGAACCAGAUGAUCUCAUUGAUGAAGACCUAAAUUUUGUGCAGGAGAAUCCAUUGUUGUCUCGGAAGAAAGCUGUUGUAACUGUAACUUAUGGAUCUUCCCGUCCUACUGCUGAAAUCUACAGACCACCAGCUAGCAGAAGCACGGACAGCCAUAUACACUUACAAAGAUUGCCGCAGCAAGGCAGUCUACAGGGUGGUAGGCAGUUGGACAUGGAAAGCUGCAGGUCUUUGGAAACAAUCCCGCUAUGUGAUCCAGAAGCAUUUGGCAGCUUAGCAGAGAGUUACAGGCCCACCUCCAAACUGAGUGCUGAUAAAAUAAGCAGUGAGGAAGAAAGCUCCAGGAAGAGAAAAUUGCCAGUUAUAAGCUCAGUGGUCAAAGUGAAAAAGUUCAGUAAUGAUGGGGAGGAGGAGGAGGAGGAGGAAGACUAUGGGUUACGAAUAGGAAGUAUCUCCAGCAGUGUGUCUGUACCAGCAAAGCCUGAAAGAAGACCUUCACUACCACCCUCCAAACAGGCCAAUAAGAAUUUAAUACUGAAAGCUAUAUCUGAAGCUCAGGAAUCGGUUACAAAGACAACCAACUAUUCCACAGUUCCACAGAAGCAGACAGUUCCAGUUGCACCCAGAACAAGAAUUGCUCAGGAUGAAACUCUAUUAGAAGUGAUCCAUAUUCAGAGCCGACCUUCCAGAGUGAGCACCCAGAUUGAGGCAGAAGAACCCAAGGAACAGACAUUAGAAAGAAUUCAAGGAACUCAACAAAUGCAGCUCUUUUCCCGACUCCAGACUGAACCGUUAGUUGAAGAAACUUUGCAAAUGACUCAAGAUUAUUAUGACAUGGAGUCUCUGGUCCACACUGAUACUAGAUCAUUUAUUCUGAAAAAGCCAAAGCUAUCAGAGGAAAUAGUAGUGACACAGAACCAGGAAUUGGGAAAGAAGGCUGCAGAGGCAAUGCGGGCUCUUUCAGGACGUCUUAUACAGACAAGAGAGCAGCUUGCACAACCAGAAAAGCCUGCUAGUCCCAAAUUCAUUGUGACACUGGAUGGUGUGCCCAGUCCACCAGGGUACAUAUCUGAUCAAGAAGAGGAGGAGAGCUGUAUAACUGAAGGAGUAAAGCCAGUUACCCAAAAUGCAGCUGCAAACAAGGGAUUAAAAAGCUUUCAAGCACAGCAGAUGCAGGUUAUAAGCAGGCAGCUGGAGAGCCCUUAUGUGGAGAUGGAGGAAUUGACUGUGCUGCAGAAACAAGAGAAAGUGCUUGAGCGUUGCAAGUACUGGCCUGCCUGUAAAAAUGGAGAUGAAUGUGCAUACCACCACCCCACAUUACCGUGCAAAGUCUUUCCCAGUUGCAAAUUUGCUGAUAAGUGCCUGUUUAUCCACCCCAACUGUAAAUACGAUGCAAAGUGUACUAAGCCAGACUGCCCUUACACUCACGCCAGCCGACGAAUCCCAUUGCCGCCUCCCAAACCAGCACCACUACAAGCACCACCAGCAACCUCCAACAGUCAGCUCUGCAGAUUUUUCCCUGCUUGUAAGAAAAUGGAAUGUCCAUUUUAUCAUCCAAAACACUGUAGAUUUAACACCCAGUGUACAAGACCAGACUGCCCAUUCUACCAUCCCACUAUUGCUGUACCUCCACGUCAUGCCUUGAAAUGGACUCGAACUCAAACCAGGCAUGGUACAUUCAGGAAGAAGGCCACAGAAUGAUUCACUCACUAGCCAAAAUAAAGCUAGCAACAAGACAUUUGUCUAUUGUAUACACUCUAACCAAAAACCACUUGCUUUUGACAAAAAUUAAGGCUUGCUGCAUCUACUAUGCUGAUAAAUCAAACAGGAAAACAUGUCACUUUGCCGCUGUAAGAAGAGUAUAUAUUAAAACCAAAUAGCUCAUCCUUCCCUACUGUUAGGGCUUGCUAUCCACUUACAGCAUGUAAAUAGUUAUUUGGGUGCCGUGUGCUGUUUUUCAGGUGGUGCAGGUAUCAGCCAACAUUAACCAGAUUUCUGUAAUUAGGGUAACUCUAGCAACUUCUGAUUAUGCUCAUUGUUAAGAUUUUUGUUCUAGCUAAAUACUGACUUUAUUGGUGCAUACGUUCAGUUACUCAAAAGGCGUGCUAAACUAAGUUGCUCUUCCCCCAACCCCUUCCUAGAUCCAAAUAAUGGUGUCCAGUGAUCAUGUUUUUAAGAAAAAUUGAGCCAUUUAAGGUUAAAAUGAUUCAAUACAUUUGGCUCAUUAGUUCUCCCCUCUACCCUAACCUUUUCCACAUCUUGGCUCUUUUGACUACAAUAGGGUCAUGUUUAAGUCUGAGAUGAUUUUUUUAGAAUUCCAGUCUGUGCAUAGGAUGUCAAUUCUCUGUUAAUUUAAAUACUUUUCAGUAACAGAUGGAUUCAUGGGUAUCUAGACUAGCAUGUGUUAUUCUUUCACUUGUAUAAUGGGUUUAAUAGUUUUUUACCUGUUCUUUUUGCGGAAACAGACUAACACGGCUGCUUCUCUGAAACCUAGUUUUUUAAUAUAAAAAGAAAUUACUUUGUGGACCUGAAAGGUAUCCUAGAGCUGUAUUCAUUUCAAACUAGAAAGUGAACCUGUAUGAUUGAGGGGCAGGAUACAAAAAAAAAAAAAAGGUGUUGGGGGCUCAGUACCCUCUUUUAGUGCUGCAUAGCUAAGGGAAAGGCACCUUUCCCAAUGCCAUUAUAGCCUCCAGCCCCCAUAUUUAUCCUGCAUACUUCCAGAACAACUCUACCACUCAGCCCUUCACAUUCUUCCUUCCUUCCAGGUUUUAGAAGGCCAUAGCACACUAGGCAUUUUUCUGUACCAAUGGUCAGUUAUAACGUUCCAUAGGCUGUUGGCCCUUGUAUUCACUGCAGAAGAGUUUCACUUAGCAGCAUGGCACCUAACUGAUUGAAAUUACACCACUAACAUUAGUGAGUGUAAAUCCUAAUUGAGGCACAAUUGACUUGUGUGUCAGUGUAAACACAUCCCACUAAGACGAUUGGUGAGCUGUCAGUUCCCACUGCUGUCAAAGACAAAAACUCUCUUCAGCAAUGAACCUCCUUAGUUUGCUUGUGGAACAUGAACUCUGCCCCCAUAGAUCUGCAGCUAAGACACUAUUCUCCCCAGCUCCAAAUGGGGGCAGAAAUGGGGGAACAGAUGCCUCAGGAGUUUGGGGGUAGAAGGAGUGUAGAUAGCAGCUGUGCACCUCCUGCUAUAGCCCCAGUGGUGAUUUGUGGUGCAUUGUGUGCUGGUAUUUGUGCUCUGAUGUACCUCUGUGGUUCCUCAGUGAAAAAGUAUCAGCUGGCAAAUUAGCAGUGGAGUGGCACAGCCAUAGCAUGGGCACUACUGAAGAUGGUGGUCGGGGAAUGGUUAGUGUGAGAAAAGGAUACUCUGGGAAAGUAGGGGGUGGGUGCAAGUCACAGGCUGAAGAUUUACUGGGGGAUAAUGGGCAUAGGAUUUGUGGUAGAUGGGGAGACGCAGAAAGAUGACUUUCAGCUGGCAAUUUAAAGAGGUUCAUUAGCUAAAGGAGCUUUUGACAGUCAUCCCAUCUGAACUGGUGUAAGGCAGCCUUAGCAUGGAUGCAAGGGCAAAUCUUACACUAUGUUCAGAUGUGUAGUAUAGCUGCACUGAAUCAGUGGUGGAACACAGGGUGCAAAACAACAAAUUACUACACUAACAACUGAUUUCUCUAGCAUAGAUAAAUGCUAACUUAAUUUUUAAAUAAUAAUAAUGGGCAGUAAGAGUAAAGCUGCAGCAUGAUUCUGAUCUCACAUCUGUCAGUCAGGUGCAAUUCACCUGAGUCAUUGGUGUACCCUAGCACAGACCCUAGUCCUAGCACCUUAUACUUUAGAACAGCAGCUGUGUGGUUAGUGAAACUAUUGUACUCUAGUGGUAAUGGCAACAAAUCAUCUGUUCCAGAUCUUGCCUGCCUGAGACACUAGAUCAAUACAUUUUUCUAUUGUGAAAGACGCUCUAGUUAGAUAUAGGAAACACAUUGUAUAAGAUUAUUUGUUGGGUCAAUAGUGUUGAAUAUUACUAGGGCCCUAUCAAAUUCAUGGUCCAUUCUGGACAGUUUCACAGCCAGAGGGUUUUAAAAUUGGUCAAUUUCACGAUUUCAGAUGGGGUCACAUCCAAAAUGGAAUCGGGGGGGGGGGGGUAGGGGGGAGGGGAAUGCUUGCAAAGUUGUUUAAGGGGUCCCAAAAUUAGCACCCUCCCAGCUUCCUGCAGUUAGAGGAGGUUCCCGGAGGUGAAGGUGGGUAGGAUUCCCCCCCCCCAGUGCUUCUGGAAACACCCCACCUGGGGGCUCCUAGUUCAUGCCAGGGACAGAUGAAGGCAGAGCCCCCUCGUCAAUUUGAGAUCCCCCAGGAAAAAUGGACGCUCCAGUCCCAGAAGAAGCCUCAGGGGCAGAAGCCCCUAGCAGGUCACCCUGAGCCCUGGUAGAAUCCGCGGGGGAAGAAGCCCUGAGCCUGCAUGCCCUGAAUCCCGGCUGCAGCUGCGGGGCUGAAGCCUUGAGCCCGGGCAGCCCCAAGUCUGGACUGCUCGGAGCCCCAACUGGAGCGGCAGGGCGGCGGAAGCUCUGAGCCCAGGCUGCCCCGGCUGCAGCUGGCAGGAGCACAAGCCCCCAGCCCCAGGAGGAGCUGCCGGGGGAGGAAACCCUGAGCUCGGCACCUGGAGCCAUGGCAGAGGCCACAGGGUCAGGUGCCCAGGCUGACCCGGCUGGAGUGGCUGGUGGUGGUGAAACCCCGAGCCUGCACUGCCCUGACUGGAGCAGCAGAGGAAGCCCCUGGCCCGGGCUGCCGCGAGUCCUGGCUGCAACUGCGGAGUGGAAGCCCCCAGGCGCCCAGAGCCAUGGCAGGAGCCGGGCAGGUAGGGAGUGAAGGGGCAGAAACCCAGAGCCCAGGCUGCCCCAGCUGCAGCCACUGGGAGCAAAAGCCCCCAGCCCAGCAAGCUCCACUGUGGCAGGAAGCCCCGAGUUCACUGCUUGGUGCUGUGGCAGGAGCCCUGGGGGAGUGGGGGGUGGAGGAAUGGAAGCCCAGAUCCUAGCUCCUGGGCUGCUGCAGCACAGAAGUGAGGAUGUACCACCCUCAUUUCUGCACUGCCUCUGGAGGUGGGUCUGAUCUCCCAACCAAGAGCGGCAGUGCAGGGGAAGGAAAACUCCUGUCCCUCCCCAGCGCGGUCGGAAUAGCAACUUGGAGCCCUAGGCUCCCCGCAGCAGGGGAGAUCAGAUUUCCAGGAAAGGGCUGAUUUUACAGUUGGUGACAUGUUUUUCAGGGCUGUGAAAUUGGUAGGGCCUAUAUUACAUAACAGCAAGCAUUGUUGGACAUGGAAGAGUACAGGGUCUGGCUGAAUCUCUUCGUACUUUCUCAUCCACUCUAUGCAAUCUCUCCCUUUCUCCCCACCACACACACAAGAUAUCUACAGUGGGUGCUGAGGUUUAUUUGUUUCCUUUUUACAUUUACUUGGAGUAAAAUGAUAAAAGAGGUGAAUAACAACUGCUAUGCUAUCUCAAUCAAAUGCCGUUUGUCCUUAACAAACGCUGACUUAAGUAGACAAUAACAACUGUGACCAUAGCAACACUACUCACGUUUAAUAGCACUUUAAUACAACCUGUGAGCUAGUUACUUUUGCUCCCUUUCAUGUUGCAUGAAAAAUAACUGCACUGCUUAAAAAACAGAUAUAGCCCACAGCACACCUCCACUGCAUGAUCAUUUCAAAUAAACAACUGAAGCAGUCUUCCCCAGUUUUACCAAAAAUGCAACUUUCUCCUGGAGUUUAUCAUCACUAAAAUGCUUAAGUCUGUGUUAUUUUGCCAUUUAAAGUAUGUUUUUAUACUAAGGGUUACAAGCAGGCCCAUAUCCUUAAUAUGCAUGCUUACUUAAAGAAGAGUUAUGAUUGGAUGUUACAUUACAAUCAGGGGAGAGAGCUGAAUAAAGAUCUCUUCCAACUAGUUUUAUUCCUGUUAAAAAAUGUGAAUGUACAAAAUACCAGUGUUUGGAAAGAUUAUGUUCUCUCUGCAUCCUCCACGUGAUACUGAGAAAAUAAAAUCAACAAUUCCUAUUGCUGUGAAA